CUCUCUCUCUCUCUCUUUGUCAGUGUGUGAGUGCAGGAAAAUGGCCGAGGCCAGUAUUUCAGUAGAUCAGGAUCAGUUCAGCUGUCCAGUCUGUCUGGAUCUACUGAAGGAUCCAGUGACUAUCCCCUGUGGUCACAGUUUCUGUAAGGUGUGUAUUAAUGACUGCUGGGAUCAGGAGGAUAAGAGCGGAGUGUAUAGAUGUCCUCAGUGCAGAGACACUUUCACUCCAAGGCCUGUUCUACGCAGAAACAACAUGCUGGCUGAAAAGGUGGAGAAACUGAAGAAGACUGAAGUCCAAGCUGCUUCUCCUGCUCACUGUUAUGCUGGACCUGGAGAUGUGGAGUGUGUGGCUUCACUUUGUGAAACUCAUUUAAAGCCUCAUAUUGAAGUUCCUGCUUUGAAAAAGCGCAAGUUAGUGGAAGCCUCUGGAAAUCUACAAGAGAAGAUCUGCUCUGAGCAUGAUAAAGUGCUGGAGAUCUACUGUCGUACUGACCAAAGCUUCAUCUGUUAUCUGUGUAUGACAGAUGAACACAAAGGCCACGACACCGUCUCAGUUAAAGCAUACAGAACUGAAAAACAGAGUGAGCUAAAGGAGGAGCAGAUGAAAUCCCAGCAGAGAAUCCAGGAGAAGCAGAAGAAGGUGCAGGAGCUGAAACAGGCUGUGAACACUAUAAAGCUGAGUGCACAGACAGCAGUGGAGGACAGUGAGAGGAUCUUUACUGAGCUGAUCAGCUCCAUGGAGAAAAAGCGCUCGGAGGUGACGGAGCUGAUCAGAGCUCAGGAGAAGACUGAAGUGAGUCGAGCUGAACGACUCCUGGAGCAACUGGAGCAGGAGAUUGCUGAUCUUCAGAGGAGAGUCACUGAGCUGGAGCAGCUUUCACACACACACGAUCACAUCCAUUUCCUCCAGGAAAUAAAGGCUUUAGUCUCUGGCCAUCACUCUCCCCAAACUGCUAGACCAGAUUUUCAGUCUGAUCUCUGUGAGGACUCACCCCGCAUCACUGUCAAUCAACAUCUCUCAUUUGAUGGAGUGAGGAAAUCUCUCUCUGAUCUGAAAAAGAGACUCGAGGAAUUCUGCCAGAUGGAAUUCAUCAAAAUCUCUGAACAUGUUGAGGACGUUCAGAUUUUACUCUCAGAGCCAAAGAGAAGAGACGAGUUUCUGAAAUAUUUCUGUGAUCUGACUCUGGAUCCCAACACAGUAAAUUAUAACCUCAUUCUGACUGAGUGUAACAGAGCGGUGAAGUACAGUGAGAGCGAGCAGCCGUACUCUGAUCAUCCAGAGAGAUUUGACUGCUAUGAGCAGGUGUUGUGUAAGGAGAGUGUGUGUGGACGCUGUUACUGGGAGGUGGAGUGGAGCGGUGAGAGAUGUGUGUACAUAUCAGUCUCAUAUAAAGACAUCAGCAGGAAAGGUCAAGGUAAUGAGUGUGGGUUUGGACACAAUGCUCAGUCCUGGAGUCUGGAGUGUACUUGUACUUCUCUCUCUUUCUGGCACAACAACAUUAAGACUGAUCUCAGAGUUCCAUCAUCCUACAGAAUAGGAGUGUAUGUGGAUCACAGUGCAGGAACUCUGUCCUUCUACAGCGUCUCUGACACGAUGACGCUCCUCCACAGAGUCCACACCACAUUCACUCAGCCUCUGUACGCUGGGUUUGGGUUCUACUGGAAUCUUUACGCUGAAAUUACGUUGUACUGGAAUGUUUGGUGUAAAUCAGGAUCAACUGUGAGGUUGUACAAUCCAAAAAAAUAAUGAGUUUGUAGUGUUUUAUGGUCAGUAAUUUGUCGAUAAAAAAACCUCCAUGUACUUCUUAUUAAUCCUCAUUUGUGAAAAAAAAAUGUUAACAUUAAAUCAUUAACAACAUGAAACAUUAAAACACUGCUUUUAGACUCGGCCUAGGAUCAUCAGUUACACAUGUAAAGGAAAUGAAAUUGUAAGAUCUGGAUGCAUUGUGGAUUAUAUAUACAAGCUCUACUGAUUUCUGAAAUUAGUGUAGCAAAAUGCUUACGCUUUCUAUAAAGUCUGUAUUUAUUGGGUUUUUACAGACUGUGUGUGUAUAGCUCAGAAAUAAUUAAUUACUAAUUAAUUACUAGAGAAUUAUGGGUUGUUUUCAUGUGACAUGUGGACUUAGCUGUCUGCCAUUUUGAUUCCCUACGCACUUCUGUGCAAAGAUCGCCACACUGUGUAGUGCUUUAAACAGUCUGUGAUGUAUAUGGAUGUUUUCAUCGACCAGGUGGACAAAACAAGUUCAGAUUCUUCCAGGUUGUGAAAGUUUAUUACGAAUCAGAGCUCUGAGACUCAGAUCUGAUCUGAAGAAAGGCGUAGGUUAUGGAAGGUUGCUGUUAAUCUUAAGGAUAUCACAACCGAGGAGAAGUUGGAGCGAACAAUCGUCUGUUAAACAUUUUGCUCUUUCAGUGUUUGUUUUUACUCUCAUGACAAAUUAAAAUGUUGACAAUACGAUCCUUGAUUACCACUGAUCCUUGAUUACAUUACCUCACCCAGCUUAAUGUUCAUUAUAGUAAAACGAAAAGUUAUGCACUGGGUAACUCAUUCAUCCUGCUUAACUCCAGAGAUAUGUUAGAUAACAUACUUUUUAUAUGAGAUGUACAGCUUAAUUAAACAUCACAGAUCUUCCAGGAGAGAUCUCAACACCCAUCUUGCUGCUAAAGUACAUGCAGGUAAAGUGUCAACUGGGGUGAAUAAGCUUAAUGUAGGACAUUUUUAUAAGUAAUUCAUUUGUGCUUUAACAAAUUGGAGAGAUGUUUAAAUGAAAUUAAAUAAAAUAUUUUGAAUUUCAGGUUAGAAGGCCUAUCUGCACGACAGGAAUAAUGCAUUAGGUAUUUAGCUAGGGAAUCAAAAUGGUUGCAGUGAUAUCAGUGAAAGCAACCCAUAGGAAUUAUGAUGAUGAUGAUGAUUAGUAGUAGUAGUAGUAGUAGUAGUAGCAGUAGUAGUAUGCUUACACUCUGUUUAUUUGCAAUAACAUAUUUGUAUUCAGUUACAUUCCUAAUCUAAACUAUGUGCACUCAGGACUGUUUUUGGUGUGACACCGUGGAAGAGCUGAUGGUGGCGGGGAAGAUAUUUUUGUUGUGUUUUCUGCAGCUGCAUAAGCAAAAAGUGUAAUUUUUAGAAAUAAUAAAGACAUUUCUACACAAUGA